AUGAAUACAGAUUUACAUGCCUCAUAUCUAAGCCUUUCAGAGGAUGGCAAACCUACGCCUUCUGAAGCGAAAGAGAGCACAUUUGUUACACAUGACAAAACAUCAAAGUCUCGGACAUCAAGGAAACAUUUUCCAUACCCCCCCAAUCCAGCUCCAUUGGAGCUUCGUUAUGCAGCUCGGAUGAUGAAGUCCAAAUUCCAACCAGAAUUCUCGUUGGAAGCAACACAGAAGUUUCAAGAACAGUUGGAGAGCGGCCUUUCUCAAAUGACGACUGCAACCUUGUACAAAGGAUACAAGGCCAAGCUCGCAAGUCGCGAGGUUGCGCGCCAACGCAUGGUGUUGGCGACGUGGGAAAUUGACGAGGCUGCACAGUAUGAAGAAUUCCUCAUUGCCAUCUAUGGUGAAAACGAACAACGGUUCAAGAUGGCGGAUGGGGAAUUGCACGGCUUUAGGAGGAUUUUUUCACAGCGUGGGCAGGCGGAACUUGAGGAUGAUAGAAAAUAUCUUCAAGCUGUCUUUGAAGACGAAUGCGAGAUCCUCCGCGUCGCUAGUGCCCAAACUGACCAGGUUGCAACCCUCCUCAAUUCACGUGUUAAACAUGCAUUUUUGAAACCUGCUGCGGCAUUUCCUCUUCACCCUAAUGGUGGACUCUCCUGCAUCGGCACUAGGGAACCCUCUGAACACUCAGAUCCAGAUUUGAGUGAUGGGUCUUACGCAGACCUGCCCCCAGAUGAUUCGGAUCAUGACUCUGAGGAUUCAGUUUUUGCCUCCAUUCCCCAUCUGUCAUUUAUUUGCUUCCAGCAAAGUAUGCAGCCGCCGGAUGACAAUGAAUAUCCACACUUCCCUGGCCAGCUUCAAGACAGGUUCUCGUUGUCAGACUAUGCAGAUAGAAAUCCGAAUUUAAACGAUCAACUUGAAGCAGAUGAUGAGGGGGACCCACUUUCAAGGUUCCUCCGUAUGACCGACCCACAAUAUGCAACGACUACAAGUAGUCUAAAAUCGCUAACGUCCGAGAUGGAUGCUCCACCCCCCACGCCAUCGUCUAGCACACUUGAACCACUUGACGCUGGUGAUGGUGUCUAUCCAUAUGCAACAACUAAUAGUCUACAAUUGCUCACGCCCGAGAUGGAUGCUCCACCCCCCGCGCCGUCAUCUAGCACCAGCAAACCACUUGAUGCCGGUGAUGACGUCUACCCUGUAAUCCCUUACUCCGCCCAACUCGACUCUUUAUACAACCCGCCAGUUCCCCAGAUGCUGGCAGGGUCGUCACAGCAUCCUGAGAGAAAUCAUCGCCCUCGACCCUCCUUCACGCCAUAUUUCAUACCUGAACCCAGGGUCCUUCGGCCACCUGAGCCAACAGCUCCGAUGGCUGCCCUCGCUAUCCCAUCCACGAUUGCUGCCCCUGUUGCUUCACGGCCAAGCACACUGGUCCCUUUGUCACUCAAGUUUGUUGCUAUGCAGCCAGGAAUUACUGCUAGCGGAGUUGCACCAGCGGCCCCUGCCAUCUUUCCUGGUCCUGCUGCUGUGCAGCCAACUACACCAGCCCUCAUUAACGUCAAUUCCCUUGUCAAAAAACAGAUCCUCAAUUCUGCAAAAAGAAGAAUCUUACGAUUCUUCUUGACGGCAUCUGCAAUGGCCGGUACUGAUGGUGAGAGGGCGGCGCUUGUUUCUCUCGCGAUUUCAGAGUCGUCUUCCAUGCCAGGUAUGAAUGUUACAAUCCGAACGACAAGUAGUGAACGUCAGCAGGUGACAGCCGCCUGGAACGGCUGUUUUCGGAAGCUAUUGGACAUGGUACGGAGUUGUCUCGCCUUGGGCUACACUUUCUACCCCCCGCUAGAGUCCAAUCUCCAACCAGUCCAAUUUCGGGGUCGUGUCAUAACCGCAUUGAUUAACGACACUCGUAACCCGUUGGCCUUCAUGAAUAGGUUUACGGUCGACGCAAGCGGGCAUGUCACCAUACUUGACGGGGUUCUCGACAAUCCCCUGAUUUUUCAUGUUGCCGUUCAAUUCAUAUGGUGUAGCGACCUCGGUAUCUCACAAUUCCUCUCCACCUCGGCGUUACAUCGACAUCAACAACUCAACUACGCCUUUGGUGCUAUUGGUGCAGCUGUGAAAUUAGCUGCUGCGGGAGCAGAUUCCCCAUCCACCAGUCAUCCUGCCAUUCACGCAACACGAAGGGAGUGA